GCUUGACCCCCCGAUAUUCCAAGUCAACCUUUCAACAAGUCACCAACGAUCCACAUCCCAGUAUGACUGGUAUUGUACGGACAGGAACCAGCAAGGCGAGCCUAAUGAGACUGCUCUUUGUCGUUGCUGCAAUCAGCAUGACGGGAAGACUGACAUCGGCUUUUGUUUCUCCGACGACUGUUCCACUGACUGGUAGGACUGCAUACACUCCCGGCGUGUUUCCCGAGUACCAUCGGAUAGAGACGCACCUUCCUCCUCUUACUCGACCUGCUACGUCGACGUCUCUUAGUAUGAUUAGUUGGGAAGACGUGGUGUAUCACGCACAGUCGCUCGCUACCAACCUCGCCUCCGUCAGUCUCGAAGACCCCGCCAAUCUCGUCACCUCUCUACCCAUCAUGUACGGAGCCGGUUUGUUGACCUCCUUUUCCCCUUGCGUAUGGGGACUCUUGCCUUUGACCAUGUCUUACAUUUCCAACGCUGCCGGAGAGCGUCAGGAUCAACAAACGACGCUGCCCACCUUGGCCUUUGCCGCUGGACUCGCCGUUGUCUUUUGCAGUUUGGGCAUGGCCGCCGUCGAACUCGGCGGGGUCUUUGGUGGUAGUACCUCCAGCAGUGUACUCCUGCCUCUCUUCUCGAACGUCAUUUGCCUCGCCAUGGGCUUGAAGUUGUUGGAACUCGUCGAGUUCCCCUUGCCUUCGUUCAACGCCUUGUCGUCCGCGCCACGGUCGUUCGGAAAUUCCGACCAAUCCUCCGGCCAGGCCGCACCCGAACUCCUGCUGGUCGGUGAGGAUGGGCUCCUCACGAUGGAUUCCUCGCGCUCGCGUAGUCGCGACGAAAAAGGAUCGUUGGUGCGGACCUUUUUGCUGGGCGGCUCGUCGGCCUUGGUGGCCUCACCCUGCGCCACGCCCGUCCUGACUUCCAUCCUCGCCUUUGUCGCCAAGGCACAAAACCCCGCACUGGGAGCCGCCCUCUUGCUGGGUUACACGCUAGGAUACUCCACACCGCUUUUGAUCAUUGCCAGUACCGGAGGCAAGGCUCUCAAUAAUUUGAAACAGCAGGAACGGGCCGAAGGGGGAGCCAGUGUGUACGGGAAAAUUGCUCCCUGGGUCACACCCUUGACGGGAGGCAUUCUGCUGUGGUACGGGACGAAUGGUUUGUUGACGGCCAUUCUCGGUGAUCCCUCCAUGGCCGGCCUACCGGUCCUCGAAUAGGUAAACCCAAAGACGAGUAGGGUCUUGUGCAGUCAAUGGCUCUACCGGACCGCAGGGAACGAAUGCCAAAAUGCACGAAUUCGUACGUCUAACGCAUCCAUUAUCAGUAAC